AUGGCUAUGGAGCAUCGAAGCAACGGGCAACUCGAGGUGGCCAAUGGCUAUGACCGUGUGGCGUGCUCCGAGUGCUUCUGCAAAAUUUCGAGAAACAUGAGCCAUGUCUAA